AAAAGUUGAAAAUUUCUGAAUCUUUGUAAAUAUGAGUUAAGGAAGUAACAGCACUGGAACAGGAAUCAAUCGCAACACAUGCACCGGGUACACACGCUGGCACCCAGACAGCAUGGUCAGCGAUAUUGAACUCCAAGUUCAAGUAAAGAGGUUCCCGUUCCCACCAGACGGCAGCGAAGACGACACCAGCCACGCGAAUUGUCGCUCGGUGCCAAUUAGGGAAAACGCCAGGGAACGAAAGGUUUAAUAUAGAGACAAUAAAUCAUUACUGUUCAAACCGUGAAGUCGUGUAGUUCGUAGUUUAGUUUUUUUAAAAACGAAAAGUCCCGUCUCAAUAAUUUAACUGGCGCAGUCGGAUCGGAUCUAGACUGAGUGUGAUAAAGUGUGCUGCUUCCCGGACUUUACCGAUUGGCGAGUGGAUAUCGUUGAUUUGUGGAGGAGACCGAAAACACAUUCAGGACGGACCAUCGGAGAAAACGGAAAAUAAAUUGACGGACUAUCGGAGACAACGGAAAACAAAUCAAAGAUGUCGACACAAGGGAAACUCAGGACACCCCUAAUAUUCCUCAUCCUAACAUCGUUAUCCAUUUCCCACCAACAGUCAAUUCAGAUAAACGAUAUCACAAACAACGCAGGAGCGUUGAUUCUCAAUAGGGGGGAAGGGAAGAUAAUUGCUGGUUAUGAUAGGUUGCUACACAUAAUAGAUUUUAAACAAUUUGAAAUCUCAAUAUCAAUUAUGGAAAAUAUUAUCGGUCAAACGAAAAACGCAUCAAGCGAAUUAUCACAAAUCAUAGACAUGAAAUUCAGAGAAAUAAAGUUUCUUUUCGGCACCCUUAAUCCAAAAGCAAAAAGGAAUAAGAGAUCAAUUGACAUUUUAGGUAGCUCAAUUAAAUACAUUACAGGAAACUUAGACGCCGAAGAUCUUAAGAUAAUAAACUCUGAUCUAAAUCAAAUAAGAAAUAAAGGAAACGUACUUGUAAAACAAAAUAACCAGCAAAUCAAAAUAAACUCUAAAUUCGAAAACAGAUUAAACUUAAUAAAUACAGAAAUUAGAAAUCACCAAAAUACUAUAAAUAAAGUUUUAGAAAAUGACAAUUACCUAAUAUCUGAAAACCAGAAAAUAUCGAUAAUAUUUCAGUUAGACACCUUUCUAGAAAAUUUAAAAUCAAUAGAGUACGCUAUAUUGCUUUCAAAAGUUAACAUUAUUAGUAAACUCAUUCUCACACCCAAUGAAAUAGAAGUUAUUAUAAACGAGGUUAAAGAUCAAGGAAUAGAUAUUCAGCACCUGAGCGACAUCAACAACCUCCUGACGACCACCACCAUCUACACGGAAUCAUCAGUCAUCAUUUGCGUCAACAUUCCGAAGUUCCAACCCACGACCUAUCAGAAAUUCGUCAUCGAGCCUCUACCCAUCUUCAACCACUCUGUAAAGGUCAUGUACAACAAAGUUUUCACCAAUCAAGAUGAAAUUCUUGCCAUAAAAUCAGAAUGCCGAGAAAGCAACAAAGUCACAAUCUGCGAGAGGAGACAAUUAGUUGACAUCAGCAAUAGCCAUUGCGAAGCUCCACUUCUAAAGGGACGACAAGGACAAUGUCCUUCUUCGGAAAAGCCAACAUCAACAGAAACCAGAGUAAUCGCCCCAGGAACAUUAUUGGUUAUUACCAUCAAUCAAAAAAUAGCAAUCAAUAGCACCUGUGGAAUACCAGCAAGAACAUUGACCGGAAUUCACUUCAUUACAUUCCACAAUUGUUCGAUUUACAUAAAAAACGAGCUUUUCGAAAACUACGAGCUCAAAUUUAACCACGCAUCAGUUCUACCAAUGCAAUUAACUAACAUAAAAACAUUGCAUAUAGAACGGCACGUAAAUUUAGCAGAGUUACACGAACUUAACCUGAUAAACAGACGACACUUAGAAACAGUGGACUUCAAAUACCGGCUUAGCUUGGGAACGUUCAGCACCGUCAUCCUUCUCAUACUUGCAUUGUUGGGCCUUGGCAUUUACAAGUGGAAAAAUUCGAAACCAAUGGAUUGCUCGGGACGAGCAAAACUUAAGGGGGGACGAGUUAAGGAAGUAACAGCACUGGAACAGGAAUCAAUCGCAACACAUGCACCGGGUACACACGCUGGCACCCAGACAGCAUGGUCAGCGAUAUUGAACUCCAAGUUCAAGUAAAGAGGUUCCCGUUCCCACCAGACGGCAGCGAAGACGACACCAGCCACGCGAAUUGUCGCUCGGUGCCAAUUAGGGAAAACGCCAGGGAACGAAAGGUUUAAUAUAGAGACAA